CACGUACUACCAGUCCACAAUAUUAGCCAAUUCUGGAGUACAUGUUUUUGUUGGCCCCAAAACCAAACACCGAUCCCAUCGGAACAACCGGAAAAAGCAGUAGUAGAGUGAUUGUUGAUCAGCAGAGGAAUGGAUGUUGUAAUAAACCCCUUUAGGCUAUGCUCAGGGCUCAAAGUGCUGGGCUAUUUCAUGAUAUUCUUGGUGCUUUCCAUCAUUGCCCUCUCCUACUACGCCGUCGUUAUCCUCAUCUGGGCUCCCCAUCUUCUCCGUGGUGGCUUCAACUCUUUCUUUUCCUUCUUUAUCGUCAUCCUCUUCCAUUAUCUGCUUAUUUUGUUAACGUGGAGCUAUAUGAUGGUAGUCUUUCGGGACCCUGGUUCUGUACCUGAUAACUGGCAAUUAGUAUCAGAAGAGGAUUUAGAAGAGGGUAACCCCACCUCAAUUUCUCACAAUUUAGGACCUCAAACUUCAGCCUCUGCAUUGUCAGACGGGACAGAGAUUAGACCAGCCAUACGCUACUGCAGUCAAUGCCAAAAUGGCAAGCCACCUCGAUGUCAUCAUUGCUCCAUUUGCCAAAGAUGCGUCCUUAAGAUGGAUCACCACUGCAUAUGGGUUGUCAAUUGUGUUGGGGCAAGGAACCACAAGUUCUUCCUCCUCUUUGUGUUCUAUACUUUUCUAGAAACACUGUUGAAUACUGUUGUGCUGCUGCCAAGUUUCGUGAAUUUUUUUGAACAAACGAAGAAGCAUUCUCUAUCACCUGGCAAUCUUGCUGUCACCUUUUUGGCCUUUGUUUUGAACUUAGCUUUUGCACUGAGUCUUCUUUGUUUCGUUAUUAUGCACACAUCCCUUCUCUUGAGCAACACCACUUCAGUGGAGGUUUAUGAGAAGAAAAAAGCUGUACACUGGAAGUAUGAUCUAGGCCGCAAAAGGAACUUUGAACAGGUUUUUGGUACUAAAAAGAUGUUCUGGUUCUUCCCAUUAUUUUCCGAAGAGGACUUGAAGAAUAUUCCUGCACUUCAUGGUCUAGACUUCCCAAUUCAUUCAGAUACGGUAGAAUGAGCUCUUUCUCUGUUCCACAAUGUAUCAUUCUCUCCCCCAUUUAUGGAGUUUUUGGGUGUAUGGUUGACCCACUGCUAACAGUGUAGUCUUCUUCAUGGCGCUAAGGUUGUUAUCCUAUUAAAUCGGUCUGUCUGUCUUAUACAAGCCACUACGAGUACGAGGUUGAGCUUAUAUUCUUCCUCUCUCUCUUUUUUCUUUUUUCUUUUUUUUUCUGGUGUUGGGGGUGUAGUGAGUGUUGGUGGGUUCGCUAUGUGGUGUUAACGUCUGGGGUGUUGUUUUCUUGAAGGCUGUAUGAUUAUGAAACAGGAGCAGAGGAAUGGAAUAUUUUAAUUGCAUCCGGCCUCUAUACAAUAUCUUUCCUUUUUGGUUCUUACUCUCCUAGUAGAUCUUUCUGUCGACUGACUAAGAAGGAAGCUUGGUUUUAGAGAAGGAAGUUUGAGUUGACAUAUUGAAACUUGGGUGGUACUACUGUCUCCCUGGUGAAGGCCACGUCCAUUCCAGGCUUCUACUACCUAAUAUACUCCUCCUACUCUGUAAACCUACGCCCCCAGUUGGUAAAUAAUUGUAAUAGUACUAUGCCAAAAUGAUGCUACCAGUCAGUACUUAUAAACAAACAGUACCAACUGAAUAUUCGACCGCACUGCACAGGAAGAUGCCUGCCUUCCGACCCGCGUUAAUCACUACUUAGGAGUUGCUUAUUUUAUUGGAUUGCAAGUGCAGGAGAAGGAGAGCGGGCUGCCCACCUUCGGGUGGUGGAGAAAGGCAAAUCGUUGUAAAAAUGCUCAACAGUCUGCGUCCGGGACAGAAACAGAAGCAGUUGAACUUGAACAAGCUACAACUUCUUAUUGAAUAUUCGAAUAUUCAACUCAGUUACUUCUCGUCAAUAAAAAUGCCGCUGCUCCCCGAGUAAUCUUGAUUUGUUA